ACUGCCUUUCACUGUUCUUGUAACAGUGACAAUAAAAAGCUAUUCUAUUCUAUUCUAUUCUGUCUAAUGUAAUUAUAUAUUAAAAUACUCCCCAAAACUCUCAAAAAAGAAAAAAAAAUCAGUUAUAUAUUUUUUAUUCAAAUUUUUAGGAAGGAUUAAAUAUUCUAUAACUUCACUUUGAUAUACUUUAUAUCUUCAGGGUGGAGACUGUAAGUGUUUGACACUUGCGGUUUUAAAAAAUAAAUUGAUGACGUACAUCUUGGUCAAGUGACUUUUUCACAGUCAGCACUGAGGUGUGAAGAAAGCCCCUAAAACUGUCUGUGAAUCAAACACCUGCCAAGCAGCAUGGAGAUAACAGCUCUGUGCACUAUUAUUGCCACUCUGAGAAUAUUUCCCAACAGAUCUCAGUUCUUCACGUAUGAGUCUGUUACACUGAGCUGUGGAGAGCAUAAAAACUCUUCUGAUUGGACAAUAAAGAGAAACACGUCUUUAAAAACAAAUAAUGAGUGUUCCAAACACUGGGGUUCAAAAAAUGAGUCACACUGCUUCCUUGAUGAUGCUUACCCAGCAGACAGUGGGUUGUACUGGUGUGAAUCUGGAGCUGGAGCCUGCAGUGAAGCUGUCAACGUCACUGUGACUGGAGGCAAAGUGAUUCUGGAGAGUCCGGUCCAUCAUCUGCGUGAGGGCGAUGCCGUCACUCUGCAUUGCAUAUAUAGGGAGACUUCUUUUUCCAACCUCACAGCUAAAUUUUAUAAAGAUAACCUCCUCAUUGGGCACAGCUCCACAGGAGUCAUGACUAUCCCAAAGAUUUCAAAGUCUGAUGAAGGUUCCUACAAAUGUAAUGUCUCUGGUACUGGAGAAUCAACAUACAGCUGGCUGUCUGUCAGAGGUGGGCAACCUGAACCUUUUCACUCCCCUCUACUGCAUGACUCACUUCCUGUGUUGAGGGUUUCCGUCUCUCUGGCUGUGGUGAUGGUGCUGCUGCUGUGACUCUACAGCAGUCACAAAGAUCAGUUUGUUUCUCAAACAUUUGAUGAAUUUAUUUUGAAAUAAAAUUAAAGAAAUUCUAAUGGCUAACGUGUUCAUUUGUUCCUCUAAGCUCCUGGAGUAUUUUGUCAAAAUACUUCAUUGACCAUUCUGCUGCCAAAAAAUACUCACUGUUCACUAACGCUGAAAUGACUCAUGCAAAAAAUAUCAGUGCACUUUACAAAAGAGCUUCAGAUCUUUUUUAGGGAGAGGUAAAAUUGCCUUUGUCCUCUGUUAUAUGAUAGUUCUUAACCUUUAUGUCAUGUGUAACUGUUGUUGUAGCCUGAUUUCUUGUGAUCAGAAAAGUGUUGGUUAAUGGUGGUGUCUCUGCUGGGGACCAAGAACCAGACAGGGAGCCUUCGUGUUUAAUCAAAAUCUAAUUAUUAGAAAUUGUUUUAGUCUCUUUAUCCUUCUCCAGUUUGUCUUUUAUGUUAAUUGGUUUCUGUUUUCAUAUUGUUUGUUUAUUUUGAUGUUUCUUGUGUUUCCAGUGUUUCCCUCUGUCUGUUCUGAUAUUUAUGAUGGCUGUCACCACUCAAACAAAAGUUUUGUAUUUAAGCAGCUUAAGUCAACAUGAAUGGUUUCCUUCCAUUUACCAAAAAUGUUUCUGAUAACACCAGAUUUACACAAAGGUUAAUAUGCUGUAUCUUCAUUUGAUGUCAUGAAGCCUGACGCAAAGAAGCAAUUACAAACUGAAUCAAAUCAAUAAACGUUAUUCAUAUUUAUCACAUGA